UUCUUGAUGUUCUUCUGAAGGACCAGGCGGCGAAGGAUAAAGCUCUGCACAGCAUGUCCAGCAUGUCUUCAGCUCAGAUCAUCUCGGCCACAGCCUUCCAGAAUAAGAUGGCUCUGCAGGGUCUCUCGCGGCCAGCCUAUCCUACAGCAGCCGGGUUUUGGCAUGGAGCUCUCGCUGGACAAACCGCAGCUCCUGAAGACAUCAAGCCGUUUUCCCAACAGAACUUCGUGAUGCAAGCUGCGGCUCCUCCGCCUAUCACAGGUUAUGAAAGCGCGUCUGCUCUGUCCGUGUCCCCUAGUGCUCCACCAUGGCAGGGCCGCAGCAUCGCCAGUGCACGGCUGCGCCUGCUGGAGUUCUCAGCAUUUCUGGAGCAGCCGCAGGAUCCAGAAACAGUAAACAAGCACCUGUUUGUGCACAUCGCUCAGUCCAACCCCACAUACAGCGACCCGUAUCUGGAGGCCGUGGACAUUCGGCAGAUUUACGACAAAUUCCCGGAGAAGAAAGGAGGACUGAAGGAGCUGUUCGAGAAGGGGCCGACUAACGCUUUCUUCCUCGUCAAGUUCUGGCACAAUUAA